GCGAUAACGGCUUCACAUAGCAUAACAGGUCAAAGUAUUAAGAAACAUUUCCGAUCGUAGAUUGUACAUAUUGAUCUGAAUUGUAUUCACUACUGGACUGAGACAACAGGCAAUACAUCUAGCCAUACACUUAGGGGGGAUCAUAGUAAUGAUUGUACAAACCGUGCUGUGUGCGGCAUUGGUCUACCUCGGCUUAGUCCUCGUGCAGCACAUCUACAGAUACAAACAAUGGAGCAGAGUCACGGCACAGACCACCUCAUUCGAACCAUGGCAUCCAUUUUGGGGACAUAUUCAUUUGAUAAAUGAUAUGGCUGACUACUUCCAAUUAGUUUUUAAGACAAUUGACGAGACCAAAGCAAAAGUUCUUAGUGGCUGGGUUAUGUUUUUCUACCCUGUCUUUGCCACCUGUCACCCUGAUACCGCCAAAGUGCUCCUCAAGUCCUCCGAACCGAAAACGAAGUACAAUAUGGGAGGAGCUUACAGGAUGAUUAUUCCUUGGUUGGGUGACGGUCUUCUGGUAUCGGACGGGAAGAAGUGGGAGAGGAACCGUCGUCUGCUGACGCCUGCCUUCCAUUUCGACAUACUCAAACCGUAUGUCCAGAUCUACAACGAUGUCUCCCACAUAUUUCUUAACAAAUUACAGAAAGCUUGUGAUUCUGGGGAGAGCAUAGAAAUCUAUAGUCAGGUUUCUCUGGCAACCUUGGAUACAAUGUUGAGAUGUUCUCUAUCAUACAGCGGACAGGUGCAGGAGAAAGGGGACAGUCAUCCAUACGUUCAAGCGGUCAGAAGACUAGGAUAUCUUUCCAUAAAAAGGACUCUAGCUCCGUGGCUCUAUCCGGAUUUUUUAUUUUGGCUUUCAUCUUCUGGAAGAGAGUACAGACGUCUCAUUGAUCAAGUCCACGAAUUCGCUGAUGACAUCAUCGCUUCUCGCAGGAACUCUUUAGAAAAAGAUCCCAACCAACUGAACAAGAGAAAGCUGGACUUUUUGGACAUUCUGAUUACGGCCAAAGACGAGAAUGGGCAAGGCUUAAAUGACCAGGACAUUAGGGCAGAAGUGGAUACAUUCCUAUUCGAGGGUCACGAUACGACUGCGUCUGCCAUCAGCUGGGCUAUCUACUGUCUGGCUAAGUAUCCAGAGGAGCAAGAGAAGAUUUAUCAGGAAGUGACGUCAGUUCUGAAUGGUAGACCACAAAUCACGUGGGAGGAUCUAGGUCGCCUGAAAUACACGAUGAUGUUUCUAAAGGAGGUGAUGAGGAUGCAUAGCCCCGUGCCUUUCAUAAGUCGGUGGCUGACACGGCCAGUGGUUCUAGACGGUGUGGAAAUCCCCGCGCAUUUUCAAGUAGAUAUUUUGAUUCACGCCAUUAACCACCACCCCGACGUUUGGCCCGACCACAGGGAAUUUCGACCUUCGAGAUUUGAAGAUGAGACCAAACAAGAAAGAGAUCCAUACAAAUAUAUUCCCUUCUCAGCAGGCUCCAGAAAUUGCAUCGGUCAGAAUUUUGCACUGAAUGAGGAAAAGGUGAUGAUCGGGUCUUUGGUAAAGAGAUUCAAACUGGAAUUGGUAGAAGGUCACAUCUACCAAGAACACCCGGAAGUCGUGAUGAGAGCAAAAUACGGCAUCAAAGUCAACGUUAAACAGAGAUGAUGUUACAAAAAAUUCAAAUUCACUUACAAUAUUGAACAUGAAUGGAUAUGACAAAUUGUCUAUGUUCAGUUCACAGAUAGGUUGAUAAUAUUUUUUAUAUAUUGGUGUUAAUACUCUGCGUGUUUUUUUUAUUUUGUAUAGUGCAAGCCAACUUCUACGAGAUUCGUGCAUUGAAAAUGGAAAGUAACUUGCUGUGUUUAUUAUGACUCGUAAUUAGGUGUUAACUCGUAUUAAAUCAUUAUCAAGUUGA